AUGGACGGCGAUAAGAAACCUAUUGUUAGAAAACCUCUUGUGUUGAGGAAACUUAACGCAGACAACUUGCACAUUAUCGAGCGAGGUCUACUUGGCGAUCUACCGAACAAACUUAAGCCGCAGCCUCUAGGGCCAACAAGAGACCAGUGUACGGAUCUUGAAGUAUCCAAAUCUCCAGGGAUCUUAUCAGCAUGUUUAUUUCCAGAAUCACCUGUAUCGGAAAGGGUUUCGUCAUCUGACGAGGAAGGCCCUUCAUCGCUGAAGAAGUCUUUUAGCUUCCGAGAUCGACUCUCCAGGAUCAGCUUCUUUGGUAAAGAAAAAAAACAUGCACAAGAGAUUGAUAAAAAAAUGGACCUGAAGGAUAUUCAUGAAUCAAAAUCCGAAGUGGUACUCGAUAGCAAGGAAUCAAAUAAAAGCCACAAACGAUCAUGGUUUUUCAAAACUAAAGAGUUUACUAAACGUAAGGAGCAUAUACCAAUUUAUAAAAGGAGUAAGAGUUUUGAAUUUCUUCCUAGAGCCAUAGAGGAGGAAGACGAGGAGUUAUCGCCAGGGCUAAAGAAAAAUCUGUCAUUUGGUGGCAGUAGUGACACCAUGGGUGAUGCAUGGAGUUUCAACGAGAGUCUCGAAUAUAUAGCUAACGUUUAUAACGACAGCAACAAGGGCGUUCAUCUGAAGAGUUUCAAGGAGCUAGAGUGUGAUGAUUCCCAUAAAUCCUCGCAAGUGUCAACUGGGUCUACCUGGACAUCUGGUUCGAGUAGUAACGGCAACGCUGCGAGUUUAUUAAAGACUGAAUCAGUCGACAAUGUGUUUGAGGAAUUUCAUAAGGCGGUAGAAUUAUUCAGUGAGAAUUAUUUAAGUGACUGCGAACCGUACACUAAGUCCCAGCAGUUAACGAUCAAACAGAAGCGGAAGAGUUCUUCGUUUACAAACCUACCGUCUCCUAAAGUGGUAAAUGCGAUUAAAGUUAGUGAGAUUAGUGAGGAUUUCAAAAAGGAAUUGGCUAAAGCUCUGACUGUUAAACGUGACGUGAAACGUGACCAUCUAGCAUGUAGACGUGGUUCUGGGACGGAUUGGUUCGUGUUGGAAGACCAAAAAAUUGAAGAAAAUCGGUACAAAAGAGGUCAGAAAAAAGCCGUCAACCGAGUGAGAAGAAUGAGUUCCACCAAAUAUGUAAGUCAUUCUUAUUUUUUUAAUUGA